AUGGAAUCCACAAUCAAGUUUUCCCCCAUGAUCCCAUGGGCCGCACCCUUCGAUGUCCAAAAGCGCCUCGAACAACUCCGUGGCUUCCUGGACCCCAACAACCCUCACUAUCAACCCAAACGGCAGCACGUCAACAUCAAAGCUGCUAUCAAGCUCUAUGAAGAGGGGAAGAUCGAUGGCGAGAAGAAAGUUUUCAUAAUGAACGGAAAGAUUAUCGAUAAAAAGGAGAUAUUAAAAGGGCCAGAUUGCUCCUGGUCCGAGGGAAAGUUUCAUCAGUAUGCCCUAACGCACAGUUAUGGCCAGGGACCCUAUCAAGACAAUUUUCACAAAGUAUCGGCCUCCUUUUGA